CUUAGACCUGCUCCCGAUAUUUUACUUCUUGAACUUCCAAUCAUCGUCCCCUUCAUCCUCAUCCCUUACACAACUUACAUCUUACGCUCACCCCUCCAAUCACCUAACACACAUUAUGGCUUCAGCUAAAAAGGGUAUAAAGACCCCUACUUCCCCCAGCUCUAAUCGUCGACCAUCAGUCUCAACCUGCGCAUCUCGUCCUGUCCACUUCAAGAACAUCUUUACCUCCUCCACUGCUUUACUCAAAACUCAGCCUUUCAAGAAAGAAAUGGUUUCUGACACUGUCAAUCGUACCUCCCUCCACCCCGGAGGUGUCCAGCCUACCCGUGAGCACACGGAAAUCGAGGAGGAACUCCACGACAAAGCUAAUAUCGACUAUGAUCGUGUCGCUAUUAUUCCAAAUGCAUCGGUAGCUGCUCUCUAUGAAGAUGCUCUCGUCUACGAAACUGGUUCCGCAAUUACAUCAUCCGGUGCCCUGACCGCAUACUCCGGGUUGAAAACCGGUCGUUCCCCCCUCGACAAACGCAUUGUCAAGGAACCCUCAUCAGAAGACGAGAUCUGGUGGGGUCCCGUGAACAAGCCGAUGCACCCCGAUGUCUGGAGAAUCAAUCGUGAGCGUGCUGUCGAUUACCUGAAUACCAGGAACAGAAUUUACGUCGUUGAUGGCUAUGCCGGAUGGGACGAACGCUACAGAAUCAAAGUCCGUGUUGUUUGCGCUCGCGCGUACCACGCUUUGUUCAUGAGAAACAUGCUCAUCAGGCCCAAACCUGAAGAGCUGGUCCACUUCGAGCCCGAUUAUGUCAUUUAUAAUGCUGGAUCUUUCCCCGCGAAUAGAUAUACUGCUGGAAUGACAUCAUCAACUUCCGUUGCGAUUAACUUUGGCGAGAAGGAGAUGGUUAUCCUUGGCACUGAGUAUGCCGGUGAGAUGAAAAAGGGUGUUUUCACCAUUUUGUUCUAUGAAAUGCCCGUCAAAUACAAUGUUCUCACUCUCCAUUCCUCCGCGAACGAGGGUAAAGAAGGAGAUGUCACUUUAUUCUUCGGUCUUUCUGGAACAGGAAAGACUACAUUGUCUGCCGAUCCUAACCGAGCAUUGAUUGGUGACGAUGAGCACUGCUGGUCAGAUAGAGGUGUUUUCAACAUUGAAGGUGGUUGCUAUGCCAAGUGCAUCGGUCUGUCGGCUGAGAAGGAGCCGGAAAUUUUCGGCUCCAUCCGGUUCGGCUCGGUUCUUGAGAACGUGGUUUUCAACCCAGAAACCAGAGCGGUCGACUACGAUGACUGCACCUUGACCGAGAACACCAGGGCUUGCUACCCUAUCGAGUACAUUCAGAAUGCCAAGAUUCCUUGCAUUGCUGACUCUCACCCAUCCAACAUCAUACUUCUGACAUGCGACGCGAGAGCCGUGCUCCCGCCAAUCAGCAAGCUUAACAAUGCCCAGACCAUGUACCACUUCAUUUCCGGCUACACCUCAAAGAUGGCUGGUACUGAGGAUGGUGUCACAGAACCACAGGCCACGUUCUCCGCAUGCUUUGGCCAGCCUUUCCUUGCCCUGCACCCCAUGAGAUACGCUAGGAUGUUGUCCGACAAGAUCACCGAGCACAAGGCCAAUGUCUGGCUCUUGAACACCGGUUGGGUUGGCGCCAGCGCUACCAAGGGUGGUAGACGUUGCCCUCUGAAGUACACUCGUGCUAUCCUGGAUGCCAUCCACUCUGGUGAGCUUGCGCAGCAAGAGUAUGAGACCUACGAGACCUUCAAUCUCCAGGUCCCCAGGACCGCCCCUGGCGUUCCUGAUCAAUUCUUGAACCCAAGCAAGAGCUGGUCUGGCGAUGCCACUGAGUUCCAGGAUGAGGUCAAGAAGCUUGGCCAACUCUUCAGAGAGAACUUUGCCAAGUACGAGGAUGAGGCAACUCAAGAUGUUAAGGAGGCAGCUCCUGUCGUAUAAGCCUAGGGCAUAUUAUUCUAAGAGACUGAUUGACUUGGUUUGACAGCUGGAGGCAGUUGUGGAACAUAGAUGCAUGGAUUUCACUUGUUUGUAUUUUUGGUAUGAUUGAUGGGGGACGAGGGAGCGUACAGAUUUUCUUUUUGUUUUUUAUUUCUCUUUCGCAUUUUUCUUCCUGGGUCAAAUAGGCGUUCGAAAAAUUUUACCAUCGUUGCAUAUUCAAAGAGGGGUAGCUAUCACUGUUCGUUGGUACAAGAAGUUGAAUCAAGGUCUUCAUAUAAUAUUA